AGUUGCUCACAAUGACAGCUGCAUUGCUCAGAGCACUGAAACACAGCAAACCAUAGAGACGCUCCAAAUCAACUCUGUGAUCCGGCUUAUGUCCUCAUAUAAAAGCAAAUCAAAGCAACUUGAAUGACUUAAGAGAAGAAUCUCAAGAAUGUCGAUGUUCGCUGCACACCUGUAUCAGUUCCAUCUUUUCACGAGCCGAUCGCCAUGGAGAUGCAGAUCAAGUAUGCAUAGAAGGGUUCCAGCAGUCCAAGAAGAUUUCAACACCUCCUUGAACCGUGCCAUGGAUCACCGAAAGCAGCACGCCAAAGUGGAGCGUUUUCUCAAACUGGGUUACUCCCGCGAGGACAUUGACAGGGUGCUGAAAAGUCUCCAUCAUGACGCCCAGACGAACGACAUUCUAGAAGAGCUAAUCAAGACGGCAAACAUUCGCAGUGACAAAAGCAUCCCAAGCAGCCCUAAACUGGUGUCAAGAGGUUGCAACCCCUCACCCACCAAACCACCACCAGACAAAAAAAGUGCUUUUGCCUUCAGACCAGUAGUUGUUGAUGGAAGCAAUGUUGCCAUGAGCCAUGGAGACAAGAAGGUGUUCUCAUGUCAGGGCCUCCAGAUGGCAGUGAACUGGUUUUGGGAAAAGGGACUGCGGGACAUCACUGUGUUCAUUCCCAUGUGGAGGAAGGAGCAGCCGCGGCCCGAGGCCCCUAUUACAGAUCAACACAUCCUCCACGAGCUAGAGAGGAGGAAGAUCUUAGUGUACACGCCAUCCCGUAGCGUUAACGGCAAGAGGGUGGUGUGCUACGAUGACCGCUACAUUGUGAGGCUGGCUCACGACAUAGACGGCAUCAUCGUGUCCAACGACAACUACCGUGACCUUCAGAUGGAGAAUCCACAAUGGAAAAAAUUCAUUGAGGAGAGGCUGCUGAUGUACACUUUUGCUAAUGACAAGUUUAUGCCUCCAGAUGAUCCUUUGGGUAGAAGCGGACCUACCAUUGAUGAUUUUCUACGAAAGAAGCCCAAAAAUGUAGAGAACAAACUGCAACACUGCCCUUAUGGGAAAAAGUGUACAUACGGUGUGAAGUGCAAGUUCUACCAUCCAGAGAGGACCAACCAAUCACAGCUGUCUGUAGCUGAUGAGCUCAGAGACCGAGCGAAGACAUCAAGCUACAAGCCAGCCUCGCAAGACACACUUACUCACACAUACAAACCCUCCACCAACACCGACGAGCUUCUGAACAUUGACCACUAUCACAAAGACGGCAGCAGCCCAUGGGGUCCACCAAACCUUCCGGCCUGGUCGAGCGCAGAAGCGGAUGAGGCUUUUGGCUCAUUGGACAGCUGGAUGUCCAAACUCUACAUCAUGGAUGGUCCCCCCAACAUGAGCAGACCCCCGUACAGCAACAGCAGCGGGAUGGGCAGCUGCAGCCUGAGCCACGACGACUAUUCCCUCUCGGGGUCGCACAGUGGCACCAAUCGAGAGUUUGCAGGAUCUUUCUAUGUUCCUCAUAAUAACUGCGAGAUGUCUGCAUGUGCCCAUUGUGGUCACUAUCAGGCAGAGGUGCCCCCAAGCGCCUACCCCCCACUGUGGGCAUCAUGUCCGGCUGUGCCCUUACAUCAGCAGGAGGGUGCCUUAGGCUUUUCGGAGAAUCACUACUUCAGGCAACUCGCGCACAGGCAGAGCCAAAGCCUGCCCAAGGACGCGUGGGUCCUUGGUAGCCAAUCCAGCGAGGUGCGCAACGAGAUGAGGAAUAAGCUGAGCACGCUCUAUCCCAAGGACGCAGUUGACGGAGUCAUGAACGCCUACCCGCAUGUGUCAGAGGUGUCCGAACUGAUCUCCCUGAUCCAGAGCUACAGGAGUAGUCAUAUUGCCCUCUGAUUUCAGAAGCAAAUUUUUGUUUUGGAAAAAAAAAAAAAAAUCUCACAUUUGUUUGAAAUUCAAAUCAGUUUUCCCAUAGGAAACAAUGGAAAUCUACUCAACCCAUUUCAGGGUCAGACUGUCGCUUUAACAAAACCUUUAUUAAUGAACAGGUAAUGUUUGUAAAGAAGUGGAUUUUUUAUUAUCAUGUAAAAAGUAACUUAUCGCUUAAAACAAACUGGGAAUGCCAUUUGAGCCUUUGAUAUUUUUUAUAUCCAUGUAUUAGUAUGCUUAGUACUGGAGUAAUUGGGUCCACGGUAAUUAUCAUGAAUAAAAAACAAUAAAAUGACUUAAACCAAAAUUGAUAGAAACAACAUAAACGAAAUUGCUUUUACUCAUUCACUGCCAGCCCAGUUGAAAUCAAUGUUUUACGUCUAUAGCCGUCAAUGGCAGUGAAUGGGCUACAGCUUACAUUUAUAAAAUUAACUCAAACUAGCUGCAGUCGUAGCAAAAACCUUCAUUCUUCUCUUUGUCAAUUAAUAUCAUGCAUAAGCUUUUGGGGUUUAUUUUAUUUAUUUAUUUAUUUAGGGUACUGAUGUAUGUAGAUUUCGAAUUAGAGUUUACAAUAUACUUAAUAACCCAAUUUGGGUUAGGGAAGUUGGCUCAAUUUGACCGUGGAAGUUAAAGCAACAAUUUGUUGGGUUGCUUUUGACCACGGAAGUUAAAGCAACAAUUUGUUGGGUUGCUUUUUUUGCAAAACAACUCAAAGUUGGGUCAAAUUGACCCGACUUCCUGCGUUGGUUACAUUUUUAACCCAGCAGUUUUAAUGAUGUAGAUAUAAAAAAAAACAACUAAUCCUAAAACUAAUAAAACGAACAAUUAUGGUGUGCAAGGAGACAAUUAAAAUUAGUUCAAAAUAAAUAAAUAAGAUAAAUAAUAAAAAAAGUAGUUGAAUAGGUUAAAAUAGUAUGGCAAUCAUUAUAUCAAUUUGCUCAAUUGUCUUACGAGUGAAGACCCAUGAGUGUACUGGUACAUGGAUCUCAAUCUGUAUAAUGAAUAAACGCUCAAAUGUUCUCUCGCAUUGCUCACAUAUGCUCUUAUUUUUGGUAUCAUUCAGAAGAAAAAAAAAAUCAUAUUUCUUUGCUUUUUAAAAAGUGUAAAUGUGCAAUGCACUGUGUCCAGGACACGCUACUUACUGUAGCACAGACAUUUUAAAUUGAAGCAGCAAGUGUUGUUUUCUCAUGUUGCCUCAAAGUGAGGAAGGCUAUAUUACUGUAUCGGUAUCAUGUUGUUUAAAAUAAAUACAAGCAUUUAAAUCAG